UUCCACCCGGGCUAGAGCAUCGCAUUCGCAUAUAUCGGCGCUAGACGCCUUCACCAUCGUAGCGUGACACCAGCAAAUUCCGCAGCCAGCAGCCAGCAGCCAGCAGAUCCGCAGAAGUCCCCAAUCCGUCCAAGCUCCAACAACGCUGGGGAGUGUGGCCCCGCCUGGCCCCCACCAGCUCCACCAACCGAGGCACACGCUGCGGCUGCGCGAGCAGGGCCCAGGUGACGGCCGCCCGCACGCACACGACACGACACCAACGACGCGACGCUUCCCCUUUCCCCCCCUCCUCCGCCGUUCGCCUCCACCCCCCACCCACUCCACCGUCCCCGCUCUCCCCCCAUUGCCGCCGCCGCCUGCGACGGCCGCGAGCUCAUCCCGAGACGACGUCUCUAGCUAGCAUCGAGCGUUCUUUCUCUCCUCGGGCUCUCGUUGUUGAGAUAAGGCAAAUCAAGAGAGCAAAAUUUUGGUGGUACAUGUGGUGAUUCUAUGUCGACAAGGCGUCAUCUUGCAGUAUUUACCACUGCAAGCCUCCCAUGGAUGACAGGAACGGCCAUCAACCCGUUGUUCCGGGCGGCCUAUCUUGCAAAGGAUGGGGAUAGGGAGGUCACCUUGGUAAUCCCCUGGCUUUCUCUGAGGGACCAAGAAUUGGUUUACCCGAAUAAGAUUGUGUUCGGUUCGCCUUUGGAGCAUGAGGCCUAUGUUCGUCGCUGGAUUGAGGAGAGGAUCAGUUUCAGACCUUCCUUCAGCAUCAAAUUCUACCCUGCGAAGUUCUCUAAAGAACUGAGAAGUAUUCUACCUGUUGGAGAUAUCACAGAAUGUAUUCCAGAUGAAGUGGCUGAUGUUGCUGUUCUGGAAGAACCUGAACAUCUCAAUUGGUACCACCAUGGGCGCAAAUGGAAAAAUAAGUUCAGGCGAGUGAUAGGUGUGGUUCACACAAAUUAUAUAGCAUAUGUGAAAAGAGAAAAGAAUGGACAAGCGAUUGCCUGUUUCAUGAAGUACAUGAACACCUGGGUUACCCGGAUUUAUUGCCACAAGAUUAUCAGAUUGUCAGGUGCCACCCAAGAUCUUCCCAGAUCUGUUGUGUGCAAUGUCCAUGGCGUGAAUCCAAAAUUUCUUGAGGUAGGUAAACUAAAGUUGAAGCAGCUGCGGAAUGGGGAAAUAGCCUUCACAAAAGGGGCAUACUAUAUUGGGAAGAUGGUGUGGAGUAAAGGAUACAGGGAACUUCUUGACCUGCUGUCCAAAUAUCAGAGCAAGUUGGUGGGUUUGGAAGUAGAUUUAUAUGGUAGCGGAGAAGAUUCCGACGAAGUUCGAAAAUCUGCAGAACUUCUGAGUUUGGCCGUGAAGGUUCACCCAGGACGUGAUCAUGCAGAUCCCCUGUUCCAUGACUAUAAAGUAUUCAUCAACCCUAGCACAACAGAUGUGGUCUGUACAACAACUGCCGAGGCCCUUGCAAUGGGAAAGAUUGUCAUAUGUGCCAAUCACCCUUCAAACGAGUUCUUCAAGCAGUUCCCUAAUUGCCGCACCUAUGACAGUGGCGAGGAAUUUGUACAACUAACGCUGGAUGCUCUAGCAGAGCAGCCUGCUCCACUGACUGACAUGCAGAGUCAUGACCUAUCUUGGGAGGCCGCGACCGAGAGAUUCAUGGAAGCCGCGGAGCUGAACCUUCCUAUCUCAGCAGAGCCAAGAAUCCAUCAAACAUCCAAGGUCUCUCUCCCUGCUUUUAUGAGGACUCGUAAACUGAAACAGAGCUUGGAGGAUGCAUCAGUUUACCUGCAUCAAGCACUCUCAGGACUUGAAGUCACCCGUCGCGCCUUCGGUGCUGUUCCGAAGACGCUGCAACCUGAUGAGCAGCUGUGCAACGAUCUAGGUUUGGCUCCCGCCAAGAAAAAGAGGUUGAAAUUGAAGCUGAUGACCUGAUGAUGUAACUUCUCUUGAGCCCCUGAUUGCAUCGUGUCAUUUCCUUUUCUGCACAUUAUAUCCGAGGAGUAUGUAUGAAUCCUAAUGGAGGAUCAGUGCAUUUUCCAUUAGUAUGUUUACUUAGUUCAGGAUGUAAAUUACACUACAAAUGUAAUUGGACUAUUGGAGACUUUGGAGUACUAGUACUACUAACCUAGUGGCUUUAUUGAAAAUUUAAAACUGUGAUGUGAUUCUGCCCAUCAGUGUCUUCUUAAUGUAACAGUACUUCUGUACUUAUCAUCCUACAUUGUGCGCUGGCAAAUGCUUCUGAAGUUGAAUUUCCACGGAACAGUAUUAUAAACUA